GCGUGACAGCCGUUGUAAAACUCAAGACGAGUCAGUAAAUACCAAAGAGAAGCCGAAUAACUUCAUCUGUCACGAACAACAAGGCGAUUAUUCGUGAUUUAACAUCGCGAAGACAUCGAAACACGUACAAACAUCAUGCAGCAUCCAAAAUAAAUGUCUCCAGGUAAAGACGGGUUCAGAUCCUGACAGUUUGCUCUUCCACCCGGAAGUCUCUUCACUACCUGGGCGCCUAACAUAUGAAUUUUACAUGAAGAGGGGCGAGAAACCCGAGGGAUACAGACAGAUGCGACCCAAGACGUUUCCUGCAAGCAACUACAGUGGAAAUAGUCAACAGAUGCUGCAGGAGAUCCGGGAAAGCCUGCGGAACCUUUCCCGGCCGUCGGAUCCUCCCAAGGCCGACGCGAACGCUGGGAAGGGCCCGUCGGACGAUCCCAGGCAACAGGGGCGCAGCACCAACCCAAAAAACCCCUACCACAAAGCUCUGCAGGAGAUCCGUGAAUCACUGAUACCAUUUGCCAAUAAAAGCAUCAGCAGCGGACAUACGGCUGACAUCAACAGACGCAUGCUGCAGGAGCUGCAAGAUGCUGGUUUUGAUGAGGAGCUGGUGGUUCAUGCUCUGAAACAGACAAACAGUCGCAGUGUGGAAGCAGCGGUGGAUUACAUCUUUAAAAACUUCCAGGAUCCUGGGAGGGAACAGAUCCCAGCCCCUGUCGUGCGUCCUGUAAACGCACCUUUAAAACAAGCAGGUCCAUCUCAAAUUCAGCAGCCUGUGUUGCGUCGACAGAGCUGGAAGGACUCUAAGGAGUCUCUGGCCCCACAGCGACACAGUGCUCUGAUGUCUGACGGCAUGAUGUACCGCCCGAAUAGUCCAGGACCUCAAGGUGAUCUCUCACGACCCGCAAGCUUUCCUCAAAAUCUUGCCGCUAAUGCCGGCGGUCAGCGAGUGAACGCUCCCCUCUCGCGGCAGGUGCGUAGCAUCACUCCUCCUCCCUCCUCGUGGGACUCUAGUAACUCAAACAAGCGGUAUUCUGGGAACCUAGACUAUCUGGUACCCCGGAUCUCACCCGUGCCUCAGGGGCCCCGUCCCGAAAGCUACAUUAACAAUCCAUCACAGGCUCAGCGAGGCAUCAGUCCGGUGCCUGUGGGUCGGCAGCCGAUCAUCAUGCAAAACUCUGGAGGCAACAAAUUCGCAUUCCCCCCAUCCUGGCCCCAGAAUGGCACCGUACAAAACGAAUACAUGGGCAUGAGUAGCGGCGGCCGGCAGCCUCAGCCGCCCCCUCCUCCGUAUCCCAUGCACCAGUCUAACAGGCAGAGCCCCACAGCCCAGCAGAUGCUGUCCAGCUCCCCUGCCAACCUUCCCCCGAACAUGUUGGUCCCCAACCGCAACAGCCAAAACCUUGAUAUGUACAACCUCGGAGUGCUACCCCAGGUCAGACAGCAGUCUCAGACUUCCCCCGGCCAUAACGGUAACCAAGAAGUUCCUCCGUCUUGGCCGCACAACGUCCCGGGACGCUCAAACUCCUUCACCAACGCCCAGUCCAGCAGCCGGCAAGGUCCGUCGGUUCCCAGCUCCCAGCCUUCCGCCACCACCGUCACCGCCAUCACGCAGGCUCCUAUCCUGCAUCCCGUAAAGAGCACACGCGUGCAGAAGCCAGAGCUGCACACAGCUGUGGCCCCUACACACCCGCCCUGGAUGCAGCAGACGCCUCCUCCAUCCAACGUCUAUCAAGAACCGCCUGCACCCGUGCCUGCCCCCGAAGUCCCGAGCUACCAGGGCCCACCCCCUCCUUACCCUAAAUACCUCCUACAGCCCCCUCCGCCGGGCUACGACCCACCCUCGAAAUCCACCAAUAAAGAAGAUGAUAAUGCCAUGGAUAACGACAACGAUGCCGACAGCACCUGCUCCAGCGAACGUGCCGAGAGCACAGAGGAACGUGAAAAGAAACAAAUCACGACGUCUCCCGUACCCGUACGGCGCAACAAGCGAGACGAGGACCGUAAAGGAGAAAACGGCGUUCCCAUGUACUCGCCACAGGCCUUCAAGUUCUUCAUGGAGCAGCAUGUGGAGAACAUCUUGAAAAAUCACCAACAGAGGAUCAGGAGGAAGAAACAGUUGGAGAGCGAGAUGCAACGGGUGGGACUGUCAAAUGAUGCGCAGGAGCAGAUGCGUAUGAUGCUGUGCCAAAAGGAGUCCAACUACAUCCGCCUCAAACGUGCCAAAAUGGACAAAUCCAUGUUCGAGAAGAUCAAGACUCUCGGAGUCGGAGCGUUCGGAGAGGUGUGUUUGGCUCGGAAGGUGGACACAGGAGCGCUGUACGCCAUGAAGACCCUCCGUAAAAAAGACGUCCUGUUGAGGAACCAGGUGGCCCACGUGAAAGCAGAGAGGGAUAUUCUCGCCGAAGCGGAUAACGAGUGGGUCGUCCGCUUGUACUACUCUUUUCAGGAUAAAGAUAACUUGUAUUUUGUCAUGGACUACAUCCCUGGCGGCGACAUGAUGAGCCUACUGAUCCGAAUGGGAAUUUUUCAAGAGGAUUUGGCCCAGUUUUACAUCGCAGAGCUCACCUGUGCUGUGGAAAGUGUCCACAAAAUGGGUUUCAUCCACCGGGACAUCAAACCCGACAAUAUUCUGAUAGAUCGAGACGGACACAUUAAACUGACAGACUUUGGCCUCUGCACGGGAUUUCGCUGGACGCACGACUCCAAAUACUACCAGAGCGGUGAUCACGUGCGUCAGGACAGUAUGGACUUCAGUAUGGAGUGGGAGGAUUCAUCUAACUGUCGCUGUGGAGAUCGACUGAAGCCGCUGGAGCGCAGAGCAGCCAGACAACAUCAGCGCUGCCUGGCACAUUCGCUGGUGGGCACACCCAAUUACAUCGCACCCGAAGUCCUGCUGCGCACGGGUUACACGCAGCUUUGUGAUUGGUGGAGUGUGGGUGUUAUCCUCUAUGAGAUGUUGGUCGGCCAGCCUCCUUUUCUGGCAACAACUCCUCUUGAGACACAAAUGAAGGUGAUAAACUGGCAGGCAGCCCUACACAUCCCACCACAGGCCAAGCUGAGUCCGGAGGCUACCGAUCUCAUCCUCAAGCUCUGCCGCGGGCCAGACGACCGGCUCGGGAAAAACGGAGCUGAUGAAAUCAAAGCCCAGCCGUUCUUCAAGACCAUCGACUUCUCCACGGAGCUCAGGCAACAACAGCACGCGCCUUACAUCCCAAAAAUUAUACACUCCACCGACACCUCCAACUUUGACCCCGUCGACCCUGACAAACUGUGGAGCGACGACGCCGACGGUAAUCCCAACGACACGCUCAACCGCUGGUUCAAGAAUGGCAAGCACCCGGAGCACGCCUUUUACGAAUUCACCUUCCGCCGUUUCUUUGACGAUAACGGACACCCGUACAGCUGUCCCAAGCCUAUCGAGUGUGAGGACUACGAGGUGGACGAGGACGAGCCGGUCAACCCUUCAAAGGGUCACGGGGCGGAGCAGGGUCGGGACCUAGUGUAUGUUUAGCGUAUGGAGAAAAAAACAUCUGUUGUUAAGAACAUCUGGGUCACGUUUCACCCCAAAAAUCAAGUUGCAUUUUGAUUUCAGCAUCAUCACAUUUACUUUUGUUUGUGAUACCCCUUAUUCUCGUUAUUGACUCUUAAUUUUUGUACCAUAUUUUAAACAUGUGUCCCUUUAAUUAUCAUUAAUAUAAAUGACAAGAAAUCUGUAUUUUGUGUUUAUAGAUUAUGGCCUUUGUUCAUUUAAAUAAAAUCAUAGCAGUGUUUUUGUUUUAUACAGUUAAAAAUAUCGUAUUAUAGUGAAGAGAUUUAGCAUUAACACAAACAAAACUAACAAGUGAAACGCUCAGAUCCAUUAUGUGUUAAAAUAAGAUUUUGUCCUGUAAAAGUCUUAGAAAUAGGUAACAUAUUGUUUAUUAAUUUUGGGGUGAAAUAUAAGCCAGAUGUGUCUUUGUGAAAUGGAUUUGAUUUGUUUUUAUACAUUCUCUCUCUCUUGCAUCUCUGCUGGUGUGAAUGCUCGAGUCUGUCUUCACAUUUUGGGCUGUAUUUAUUAUUAUUUUGUUGAGGAUGCACGUGUCUGGUGCCUGAGGAUCUAAUGAUGCAGUGGAACCCUGGACUUUUACACUACUUUAACUUAUUUAAAGACUUUUUAAAGCUAGUUGCAUAAUUCCUUCCACUGAUGUUGAUGUGUUUUAUUUAUGAUUGUGUGGAUUUGCCCAUCGUCAGACUGCACAGGUACUUUAAUUUCAUCUCUCUUUCACCAACACUAUGAAGGGCCGUGUAGUCUUGAUAAAACUGGCUAUUGAAAGAAAAGAUUGUAAAUUGUUGCUCUUCUCUGUACUUUUCUAUUUAUACACACACACAGAUUGUAUAUAUAAAUUAUGCGUUGUAAAUUUGUAAAUUUUUCUGUCUUAAAUGUUAAGGGAAUAACCUGUGGGUGAUCUUGUUUUCUGUAUGUUAGCAGAUUGCCGGCCUUUAGCGUGUCUAUUUCCCCCUGCUGUACCUUUGUGUAACAUAAUGACCAAUAUCUUAAUGACAGCUGUCAACAAGCUGUGUAAGGAACAGAAGACCUGCACUGGUUUCUUCACUCUUUCACUACCAAAGUCGGCAAGAAAAGUCACAAAACAACUCUAUUUGUAUCAUGGGUCUUUUUUAUUAAUGUUUGUUUUAAAUAUCUAAUGUCCUGUGCAGCUAUGAAUGUAAUGAACACUAUUUCUUUGAUUAAACUUGGUGGUCUUAUUCCCAAAAAGAGCAGCUAUAGGUAUUUUGAGUGUAAGUUUGUCUUGAAUGUGGAGAGGGUGGGGUGGUGAUCAAUAAACAUCUUAAG